AUGAAGACUACUAAGAAUGAGCUAACUCCCUCCCUUUUAAAUUGGAACAAAAUAUAUGUAAAAUUUUUAUAUUUUGGGCACUUUAACCCCCAUUAAAUUGAACAGAUUUUUUUCCUAUUUAUAGGGGAAGUAAGCCAAACUCUAUAUCAAUAUCACAAUUUGGAAGACUGCUAUAAAAUUAGAUCUCAAAUAGAAAUCGAAGCAGAAGAUAUUAAAGGAGACAUAAAAGAGAGAGCAAAAGAGUAUUAAGUAAAUAGCUGAGAAAUAAAUAAGAAAGCAUAUGAACUUGAAAUGAAAAGACUAAACCUUGAUCAAGAAUAUAACUUAUAUUGCCACAAAUAUAUUUAUUUAGUAAAUAGAAAUGAUUUUCUAACGUAUUUAUGAAUCUAUGAUAUCGAAACAAAAAUAAGAGAAGAAAUUAUUAUGGAUACCCAUGAAGCAUUAACAGAUGCUACAUGCAUAAUUCUCCUUCCAAAUGAUGAGCUUUUUUGUUAUGGAACUUACGAUGAUUUCUCAGGAAUAGCGUGUAUAAUUGACGUGAAAAAUUAUUCACUAAAAAGAUUGUUACCAUAUGGAAAAUCAUGCUGCGCUUCGGGAGGAUUAUAUCAUAAUAAUUCUGUUUACAUUUUUGGAGGAAAUAUUGAAGAUAAUUGAUGUGAACAAACUCUUGCAGAAAGAUUUGAUUUAGAAAAAAAUAUGUGAUUUAAAUUGACACCAUUGCCAACAGCCUCAAAAAAUUGCUCUUGUGUGCUUUUCAAGCAUAUAAUAUUGAUUGCUGGAUUUAAUUAUAAUAAAUUAUAUGCGUAUAAUAUUGAAAUUGAUAGUUAUUCUACUAUUUAUAAUAUUGAUUUGAAUUCAGAAACUUCUAAGAUACUUUGCUAUGGAAACUUGAAAUUUUAUGCUAUCGAGCAAGGUAGGUCAAUUUCUGAGUGCAAAGAUGGAGACUGAAAUUUUUGAACAACUGUAGGGCAAUGAGAUAUUGAUUGCAAUAUUUUGCAAAAUAAUUGAGUAUUUAAGGAUAAUCAUAUAUUUAUUGGAACUAUUUAUAACAGCUUUUAUAACCGUAUUGGCUAUUUCAAUUUUGAUUUAAGCACAAAGAGUAUUCAAAUUGAUAAAUUAUUUGAAGAUUUUGAGUAUCAAGAAUAG